ACUCGUGGUUAGUCCAGUGAACUUGUCACCACGUUAACCUCAAGUCCCAUUAUAAACGUGGAAAAAAUAUUAUCUCAACUAAAACUUGAUGUUCUUUCCUCGUGUCGUUUUAUCUUAAUUUAAAUUAUUACAACAAUAUCGAGUGACAAUUACACAAACAAUAUUAAUUAAACAAAAAAUUAAAUACUUGAUUAUAUAUUUUAAUAAUGAUUAUUUAUUUAUUGUGUGUAAUUAUUAUAUGGCUAUUUUAUAUUGUCAUUGUGUCUGAUAAAUCAUUGAAUAAACCACCAGGUCCUAUACCAUGGCCAAUAUUGGGAAAUUUAAAAUUACUAAGAAGCUUAAGUAAAAAAUUUGGUGGACAACAUAAAGCAUUUUUAUAUUUAGCUGAUAAAUAUAAAAGUAAUAUAUUUAGUUUAAAAUUAGGUAAAUCAAAUUUUUAUGUUGUCUCUGGAUAUGAUGGUGUACGUAAAAUUCUUAAAGAUGAUAAUUUUGAUGGUAGACCUUGGAAUGAAUUUAUUAAAAUACGUAACAUGGGUUUGAGAAAAGGUAUAACAAUGAAUGAUGGUAAAGAAUGGAAAGAAAUGAGAGGAUGGUUAAUUCGUUGUCUUAAAAAUUUGGGUUUUGGUCGUGUUGAAAUGACUGAUAAAAUAAAUAAUGAAUUAUUAAUUAUUCUUGAUAAAUUAUCAUCUAAAAAUGGUGAUAUUAUACAAAUGAAAUCAUUAAUAGCACCAGCUGUUAUUAAUGUUCUUUGGAGUGUUGCAACUGGAAAAGGAAUAAAUGACACAAACAGAUUAAAUUAUUUUAUGGAUUUAAUGGUACGACGUGCAAGUGCAUUUGAUAUGGCUGGUGGUAUAUUAUCAAUAUUUCCAUGGAUUCGUUAUUUUGCACCAAAAAAAUCUGGCUAUGAAAUAUUAGUUAAAUUAAAUAAUGAAUUACGUGAAUUUUUAUUAGAAUCAAUUGAUGAACAUAAAAAAAAUUAUGUUGAAGGUAAAGAAAUGGAUUUAAUUGAUAUGUUUUUAAAAGAAAUGUAUACAGGACAAGGACCUGAAGCUGGUUUUACAGAGGAACAAUUGUUAAUGAUUCUUAUUGAUUUAUUUAUUGCUGGUCUUCAAACGACAACAAUCACAUUGGAUUUUUUAUUUCUAUAUAUGACUGCACAUCAAGAUGUCCAAGAAAAAUUACAAAAUGAAUUAGAUUUAAUUGUUGGUGAUAAUCAACUUCCACAAUUAUCACAUCGUCAAUUAUUACCAUUUACUGAAGCAGUUAUAACUGAAUCACAAAGAUUACGUUUAGUAACACCAAUAAUUGGACCACGUAGAGUAUUAAAUAAUACAAUAAUUGAUGGUUAUAAUAUUCCAAAAGAUUCUUUUGUUCUUAUUAAUAUUUAUAGUGUUCAUUCAAGCUCAGAUAAUUUUUCAAAUCCUGAAAAAUUUGAGCCAGAAAGAUAUAUAAAAAAUGAUGUUUAUGUUCCUGAUAAAAAAUUGAUAUUAUUCGGAGGAGGACAUCGACGUUGUCCUGGUGAAAUUCUUGCAAAAUCAUCAGUAUUUAUUAUCUUCACUGGAAUCAUGAAAAAAUAUAAAUUACUACCUGUUUCUGAUAAAAAUUUACCAGAUCUUGAACCAAUUCCUGGUUUAACAAUUUCACCAAAACCCUAUGAUGUUCUUUUAGUCUCUCGUUCUUAGUAAACAUGUGAUAAAAAUUCCACUGUUAAUAAUGACUAUGGAAUAUAUUUAUUAUAUUAUUUUUUAAUAAACAAUUUUUAAUUAUAAA